UUCUCCCACCUGUGGAUGAGGCUACUCGAGCUUGCUGGGAUAACGAUCGUCGAGUUCAAUCGCGUCCGGUCGGACAGUAGCAGUGGCCGGGAUAUGAUGCUGUGGAUGCAAAACCGCCUGUGUGCCAUGUUCAAAGAGAAGGAACCGAAGUUGCAGCAAGCGUGCUCCAAGUUGGAAGAGAAGCUCGUCAAGCUGGACCGGCAGUUCUAUGGCCUGGUGCCGUGGAUGAUCGGCGUGGGACUGGCAGGCCAGCGGAUGGAGGCGUGGGCGUUCACGCACGGACAGAGGACGCCAGCAGAAGUUCUUGUCGGGCCUCUGGAACUUGCAAAGAUCGAGGACAAGUUGACGUGCUUGCGCGUCUCUGUAAAUCUCCUCCGGGUUGCGGUCUCGCUUGAGAACGUCUUCUUCCCUCCGGACCGUUCGCGGCUCAUGAAGCUUUGGCCUACGUUCUAUGGAUCCGAGGACCAGAUCAAGAGAACGCUCCGCUUCGGGAACGCUGUGGUGAUUAAAGAGAUAGAUCCCUGGUCGGAGCAUGUCGCUGAUGGCUUCACGACGCUGGAGUUUGUCAAGAGAGCGCACGGACUCCGGGCCGAAGGUCUAAUCUCUGGCGUGUUGGCGUUCGAGGGGGACAAGUACAGAGUCACCAUGAAGGAACUGCAGGAUCAGCCGCGAGCUUCUACCGAAGUGGAACUUCUCGAUGCUGUUCACUGGAUUCUUCGCGGCCUGGAGAAGUUGCAUGAAGCGGGGCUUGUUCAUCGGGAUGUGAAGUGGAGGAACGUGAUGAGAGACGCUCGCACUGGUGGCUGCGUUUUGAUCGACUUGGAGACGGUGUGGGCGGCUGGUGAGAAGCCCGAGUGUGAGUUGCUAGAGCUGCUAGCUUGGGACAAGCACACGCUUGUGGACGGCAAAUACACUGAGCGCUCGGAUCUUUAUCACGUCCGCAAGCUGAUGAAUGUUGUGGAAGAUCUCUCCCCGGCAGCUAAAACAUUCCAGUCCAAACUGCUGGGCUAUGAGUUUGAGACGGCGAGGGCCGCUCUCGAUGAACUGUUGCUAUGCCAAAAUGACUCUGCUGCUUAAC